ACAGGUUCGGCCCCUGGGACACGCUACUGUCACUCCGCUGUCGGAGGAGGAGAAGGGGGACUCAAAAGGACCUGUCAUCAGCUGAAGCCGAGUAGAGUGUCCAACACUGGGGCAGCAUCAGAAGACCCAAAUCGGCAGUGGGCCAGCAAAGGAAUAAAGCACCUAAGUGGAACGAUGAAGGUAUCUGGGUUUUUAAUUUUCAUGCGAGUCAAUAGUAGUAAUGCGCCCCGCAGACUACGUGGCCAUUGAACAUUUGGUUACGCGUAAUCGGCAACUACAAUCUGUAAUGGAAGUAACUCAGCAGAUCCAAACAGAAUUACUGUCACUAACCAAACACACGCUGAACAAAUAAAACACAACAUCAUACAAUUCAGAGAUGCCACUGACCAAUGUUUGCUCUGCGUGUUCUGAGAGGAGAGCCGGACCGUUGUCCUGUGUGCUGCGUCUCUCGGGUCAUGCUCCUCUUCUCCCAGCUGGUGGACCAAGUUGGGUAAAGAUUGUUCUCUACUGGCUCCACCUGGCUCUGCUAGAUAUCCAAAACAGCCCAAGGUCCAGUCCAUGUACCCAGUCAAGCACACUUAACGACCAAUGUUUGACCCUUCUCUCCCUCUCUCCUCAGUUUGUCCAAUGGGUGGCAGCAGCAGCAGGCUGUUCGGUACGUUGGCCCAGUCACUGACCAGCGCCCCCUUGGCCCAACCGGAGGCAUACCCAGAGGAGAACCCAGACCAGGACCCGGAGGAGCUGCUGAGAGAGUGCGAGGAGGCCCUGCAGAGGCGUCCGUCCCGCCCCCACCGCAACCUGGUCUAUCCCAGCAGCAUGGCCCCCCGCAACAAGCACAACUCGUCCAUACGGAUCAUGCAGUGGAACAUUCUGGCACAAGCUCUCGGCGAGGGGAAGGACGGGUUCAUUCGAUGUCCAUUGGACGCUCUUAACUGGGAGGAGAGGAAGUACCUGAUCCUGGAGGAGAUCCUCACCUACAGCCCAGACAUCCUGUGCCUGCAGGAAGUGGACCAUUACUAUGACACUUUCCAGCCAAUCAUGGCCAGCCUCGGUUACCAAGGCAGCUUCUUGGCCAAACCCUGGUCGCCCUGUCUGGACGUAGAGCAGAACAACGGUCCUGACGGCUGCGCUCUGUUCUACCGCCGCUCACGCUUCUCUCUGCAGGCCACGGCUCACCUGAGACUGUCGGCCAUGAUGCUGCCCACCAACCAGGUGGCCAUCGUCCAGACGCUGGGCUGCCGGGCGACGGGCCGGCAGCUGUGUGUCGCCGUCACCCAUCUGAAAGCUCGGAGUGGCUGGGAGAGGCUGCGCAGUGUGCAGGGGGCAGACCUGUUGCAGAGUUUACGCAGCAUAACCUCCCAACGGGGCCACAGCCGCCUUGAGGAGGCGGCGGGCCCCGUCCCGCUGGUAGUGUGUGGAGACUUCAACGCUGAGCCCUCAGAGGACGUGUACCGCCGCUUCAGUUCCUCCGCUCUCCGUCUGAACUCGGCGUACAAGCUGCUGAGUUCUGAUGGACAGACGGAGCCCGCCUACACCUCGUGGAAGAUCCGCCCCUCUGGAGAGAGCUGCAGCACUUUGGACUACAUCUGGUAUACCCAUGAUGCUUUGAGUGUGGACUGCCUGUUGGACAUUCCCACCGAGGAGCAGAUCGGCCCCGACCGCCUCCCCUCCUACCAUUACCCCUCCGACCAUUUAUCCCUGCUAUGUGACCUCAGCUUCAGGGAGGGGCCCACCUGCUGAUGUAGGCUGCCUGGACCAAUAGAAAGACUGCUGAGUGGACCCCCUUCCUGUCAAUCACAGUGGGGAAAGAUUGUGAACCAUUUCCAACCAUACAAACGUUUAUCUUAACUGUUGAUAUUAUCCUAACGGGGAACAAAGAGAAAUGUUGACAUCACUUCUGAAGGAGGAACUUUCAGUUUCAGCAUUUAGCUUUGAUCCACUGACCCGUCCCAGGUUACUUUUGAACUGAGCGCGGUUCCUGUUAAUGAACUUCAGAUAAGAUGCCAGCUCAGGGAUCCUUCUGCUGGACACCAAUACUAUUAUUACUUCUAUUUAAUGACAUGUUCUUUAUACUUUCUAUCAUAAGGUUAUACCAUAGCUUUUCCUUUAGUGUUUUGAAAUAAAUUAUUUUGAAUUGAGGCAAUCCUGCCUGGUUUCUUAUUUGGAGAUUAGUAAUCGUGAAAAUGUUGUUCCUGUGACUGCCGAACAUGAAAUGACAUUUUAUUAUUUACAAAUAAAGUCAUUUCCACUCAUUGA